AUGCCAACCUCAAACUUCUACUCUCAAUUCCAGUUACCUCAACUGUGCAGAUGCAAUCCGACCAUGCCAUGUCCAUGCGCCGGUCCACAAUCUGACCCACUAGCGCAAUGUAUGCCGAUAUGUCAGCGUUCAUGCUCAAGUUCAUGUCUACAGCAAAAUCUACCCUUAGAAGAAUGUCAAUCAACAUGUGCCAUUACAUGCCAACAAGCUUGUUCGAAGUAUCAACGGCUCAGUGGUCUUAUCAAUGGCCAAGCGUCUAAUGUGCAAGCACUCCAGUCGCGAUCUGUUCAAUCUAUUUGUGCCCCAAAAUGUCAACAAACUUGUCUAGCAGUUUGUUUCGGACGUAAUUACCCUCGUGCCAAAUGCGAACAGACUUGUCAACGCACGUGUGCUGAGGUUUGCUCUAAACAACCUAAUUUGGUUCUGUCGGCAUCUGAAGCUGAAGUCUUCAGUGGUGCUCCUCAAGUGUCUCAAGCUAGCCCACCGAUCCAAGAGUCUCUGAUCGCUCCACAAAAACAAUGCGUUCCAGCGUGCAUGCCAGCUUGUCUUCCUGAAUGUACUGGUGAAAUCGAACGGCGCUCAACCGUUAUAACUGAAAAUCCUCCAGUACUUUCAGUGUCCGGUCAGCUAACUUCGGCAAGUGCUGAUUCAGCCCAAAACCAACGAUGCGUUGACCAAUGUUUCAGUACAUGCAUUGACGUUUGCGUGCAAGCUCGACAGCCCUUGCACGGUUGCCUGAGUGGAUGUUCCGCGGAAUGUGGUAAUAAAUGUGGAGUGCAACUAUCUGGCUCGUCACCCCAACAACAAAUCACACGACCUGAGGUCAUAUUCCAAAUGCCCGAAGUCGGCCAGCUUGAACCUCGUCAACAAAUCCCAGCCGUUCAACAAACUCAAUACCAAUAUCAGCCUGAAGUCACA